CCCUUCGCCAGCCCAAUGGGCCUUACAUUUCCGUACUUCCUUUCUCUUCUCGGCUCCCGACUCCCCCGAGUCGUCGUCUUGUCGGGUCUUCAAGCCACACCAAACCACACUGCGACACACAGUAGGCGAGGCGAAGGAGAGGCAAGGCGGCGCGGCGGGCAAGGUACACCUCUUUCUUCUCCUAGAUCUCACAAGAGUGAUGGCCGAUCUGUUCUCGUGGGGAUCCCGUGCCAUUUCGUCGACCGUCCUCGCAUGAUGUUUGACGAUCAAGACCUGGGCUUCUUUGCCAAUUUCCUGGGCAUCUUCAUCUUUGUCUUGGUUAUUGCGUACCACUUCGUGAUGGCAGACCCGAAGUACGAAGGAAACUGAUGUCCUCUAGUGCAAAGAUCCUAUUAUCUGCAGGCCGAAAUAGGGCUAUACUGUUAGCUAAUGCUAGUGAGAUCGCUUGACACUUUGAGUGCAUAUCAUGGAAGCUGGACAUGCAGUUCCUGGCAUUUUGGUUUUGCCCAUGUUUUAAUCUGCUGAAUUAGUAAAUCCUGGAGAAUUCAAAAGCGUUUUCAAGUACUGCAGUUGGUGGUUGUUUCUGGUCCUAGUGUAUGCAUGCCAGAAUCUUAUGAAUAAUAUUCUUUGUUUUGUUGCCUA